CGUUGCGAGCUAAAGGAGCAGCACUAGUCUUCUUCUUCCUCCUCUUGCUGGUUCGAGAUUCCACUUGUUCAGCUCGCUUUUGGUUGCGAUCUUGAUUGGGUCGGGCCGUCGGGGAUGCACCAGAUAGGGAGCGGGAUGUAUGUGUCCGGGCCGGCGCCGGACAGGAGGAAGGAGCGGCGGCUGUCGUCGGGGUCGGUGGCGACGCCGCCGUACACCGGCGGGGAUCUGUCGAGGUCGGGGGAGCUCGGCCGGAUGUUCGACAUCGGCGCGACGCUGUCGCAGGCGCCGUCGCCGGCGUCGUCGCGCCGGAGCUCGGGGCCGCUGCCCAGGCCCCUGCCGUCGCCGGCGUCCGGCCCGCUGUCGCAGCUGUCCCACUCGGGGCUGCUCGUCGGGCCGUCGCCGCCCCCGGCGCAGUCGCCGGCGCCGUCGGGGUCGUGGAGGAAGGCGUCGAGCAGGAUGCGCGCCGCGGGGCAGGAGGAGGCCGCGCCGGCCGUGGCGCGCGGGAGGGCGACGCUCGGCGUGUCGGUCGCGUGCUACGUGCUGGUGAGCGUGGCCGCCACGGCCGGCGUCGGCGCCGGCGUGUUCUUCCUCGUGGCGUGGCGCCGGUGGGAGGUGCUCGCGGCGGCGGGCGGCGCGGUGGCAGCCGUCGUGGCGGCGUUCGCCUGGAACGUGCGCCGGCGCGACGCGGAGGCCGAGAGGUUCUUCCGGCGGUUACCCGACACGGUGUUCGAUCAGAGCGACAUGCCCAUCGGCGAGGUCGUCAAGAUCACCGGGCAAAUCACCUGCGGCCACACCCCUCUGGGAGCCCGGUUCCACGACGCGGCCCGGUGCGUCUUCGCGACGACGCAGCUGCACGAGCGCCAUGGAUGUUGCUUCCGGUGGCAACCGAGGCACUCCGAGGCGCGGGCGGCGAACUUCUACAUCUCCGACAGGAACAGCGGGAGGAGGUUCUACGUGCGAGCCGGCGAGGGUGGCAAGGUCACCAGCUGGGUGAUGAUCAGGGAGAGAACGAUCAGCCUAGACGGCGAGAAGAAGAAGGGUGCGUCGAGCAGCCUCAGGAGCUGGAUGGACAGCAAUGGCGUGUCGUGCGACGGCCCUGUGCGUGUGAAAGAAGGGUUUAUCAGAGAGGGGGACACUGCCAGUGUGAUUGGUGUCCUGAAGAAGCACCACGCCUUCGACAUCAUCGACGCAGCGUCCGGCGCGGUGACCACUGGCUGGCAGCCAAGGAGGUGCAUGUUUCCCGUCCUCGUCGAGGGGUUAAUAUUGGUCGGAGACGAAGACCCUGAUGAAGACGUGUACAUGGUCUGACGAACUCUGAAUUUCCUAUGCUUCCUUUGCAAAACUGCAUGCAUAGACUGACCGCCAUGGUUUUUCUAGUCUCUACACUCGUACUUAGUUACUCUGCAUCUCAGUAAAGUUACUAGUGUUCUUCUCAUGUUUUUUAUAGUGAAAGUGAAAGAGGAUGUUUUAGUUCCUCCGAUAUUAGUUACUCGGUGUAAAUUAAAUUGAUACAUAUAGGAUAUAGCACAACCAUUAAAAACGUACAUGUUCAUUUGAUAAUUCAGUGAUAGGAGGAUGAUUAAAUAAUAUGAGAAAUGUAAAUAUGUUACUUUCGCUUCUUAUACCUCCCAUCAUUUUUUGGUGAGUUAGGUAUAGGAUUCACAUUCUAAACAGGAAAUAUAAU